AUGAACAAAAGAAAAUUUCCAGACUCCGGUGUCGCAUGUUACUUAACGUGCAGAACAUUGUUGAGUCACAAAUCCAGCAUAAAGUUUCGUAGCAACAUUUUAAUGACACCGAAAUCUGAUUUAAAGUUUCGUAAUGAUAACAAAUAUUUGGUUUUUGUUAGUAUACCGGCUUCAAGAAGUGCUUUGAACGAUCAAUGA